AUGGCGUGGCUCUUCGAGGCCGAGCCAACGAAAGCUGAGGAUCAACUGGUCUGGUUCCUGCUCUACCUCGCGCUCUAUCUCGCCUUUUACUUCUUCACGAGCCCUUUUGUGGGCAAUCGAGAGCUUCUGAAUUCAUGGACGCCGUACGUCUACUUUUCCAUGAUACUCUACGCGUGGCUGCUCUCGGCUGCGGCCUUGCACACACCAGUGCAUGCGUUGGGGCUACUGGACUCGACCAUCAAACAACCGAUCUCGCUGCUGUUUCCCUUUUUCUCGGCCAGUUUUGUCUUUCUGGUCAUGCUCGAGGCUUUCAUGGUGCUCGUGCUUUCGCGAAAGAUCUCAAAACGAGGCUUGGCAUGGACUGUGGCGCCCGUCUCGAUGGGAAGAUCGUUCAUGAAUGUGCUUGGCAACAGCGCUGCAGUCAGUGUGGCCUGUGUGGCACUGAUUGUGCACUGCGAUGCGACAUGCGACUGUGCCGCGUCGCCGGAUGAACCGAGGACGUACAAUAGCCAUGCAUGUGCCCAGCUUUUUUCGUUCAUUCAGUCUGACGAUGUGGAGACGCUUGUGCCGGGAAGCUAUGGUGGUGCCAUUGUAAUCUGGUGCAUGGGGAUGCUCCUAGCUACUACCAACUUCUUUCUCGAACGUGUAAGCGGAGUCCGCAUGAUCGCGUCCUUUGGAUGGUUCUCCAACCGAGGUGCAGAAGACAAUGACGAGAUGGCUGAAGACGAGAACGGCAACGAGCGUUUACCGCCCGAUCAAAACUUGCCGAUGGUGCCGUGGUAUUCCAUGCUCUUGAUUGACACAGUCUUCGAUCUCCUCAUCUCGCUCAAAAUUUUCCUUGGCCGGUUCGACAUGCGUACGAUGCAGCGAGCGAUGUAUCCCAACGAUGAAGAUUACUGUUUUGACCACCUCGCGAAAAAGGACGAAGUGUGGCUUGACUUUAUGGCUGACUGUGGCGACGGCUUUAACAGCAGUUACCAAAUCGCGCGUUUGCUUGCUCAGCCGCAGCUUGAAGUCGACUGUGAGGUACCCGACGCGAAAGCUAGCGGCAAAGCUGUAUCUAGCCGAGCCAACGUGAAGGCGGCCACGAAUAAACCAGUCAAGCGAGUAUUUCCGCGCGGUGACGCUCUCAUACUCGGUGGAGAUCUCGCCUACCCGCAUCCAGAUAGUCAAUCGUACGAAACACGCCUAUUUCGAUGUUUCGAGUACGCCAUGAAGCCGCCAGCUUGCUAUCACCCAUCAUCUAUCUCCACACGGAAGAAAGCUCCUGACGGGUGCUCAUCGUUGCGCGAAUACAAAGGCCCUAGUGCGUUUGCGAUUCCCGGGAACCACGACUGGUUUGAUGGGCUCAACACGUUCAUGCGAUACAUUUGCCAGCGUGACUGGCUGGGAGGUUGGUUGCUCCCGCAAAAGACAAGCUACUUCAGCAUCAAGCUUCCUCAUGGCUGGUGGCUGUUUGGCGUGGACUUGGCUCUGGAAAAUGACGUCGACACCGAGCAGUUUGGCUUUUUCGAGCGGGUGGUCCAGUCGCAAAUGGGUCCAAAUGACGCGGUGAUUGUAGUCACCCAUGAACCGCGUUGGCUACUGAAUGUCUACGAGAACAGAUCCAAUGUGGACGUCAAACUGUCCUACCUGAUCGAGCACGUACUAAAAGGUCGAGUUGCCCUGCGACUUGCUGGGGACAUUCACAACUACAUGCGUCACUCGUUGGUGGAGGAGAAGCACGUCCUCAAGCGUCCCGUCUCCAUGCACUUUGAUGCAUUGCAGGCAAAAGUCACAAAGGCGAGUAUUCCUCGCAGCCGCUCGUUUUCGACUGCGGUCCACAAGCACUUUCCACACAUGAAGCACAACGGGGAGACUGACGAGCAGGGAACUGCCAGAGAUGCCACGCCCCGGUCGGAAAUUCCUGCUGAGCAUGAACUCUCUGCGGAGCAUUUGAUUAUCGCUGGUGGUGGGGGUGCCUUUUUGCAUCCGACACAUGUACCUAGUCCGAGUCUGGUGUCGAAUGGUGGCACGUACGAGCACAAGACGUGCUACCCACCGGCAGACGUUUCAAGACGCUACGCCGUGCUCAACGUUUUUGGCUUCCGUCGGCUCAACUGGCGUUUCGAUGCAAUUGGUGGUGUCGGGUAUUUCGCGCUCGUGUUCUCCAUGUUUCCACGCUGCUCAGUUAGCUCCAUCUACGCAGCUCCGACACGCUGGGAGGCGGUGAUCCAGUUCUACCAAGAGCUCGUUUCUUUGCUCGUUGACAUGGUGAUGACAUCCCAUGUGUCGCUGCUGUGCUGCAUCGGCAUGCUCUUGGCAACUAUCGGAUUUGCAGAUUGCACCACUUUGCCAAAGAGGUGUGCAAUGGGCCUGACCGUGUCAUGCUUCCACUUCCUGGCGGCCUUCACCGUGUUACUCGCGUACGAGCUCCUUCUCGAAGUAGCAUCAGCCCGUGGUGCACUCGGACGCGAGGGCGAGCACACGCUCUACCUCUACUUCAGUAGCACACUUCCCGAUUUCUCUGCUAUUCGCAAGUACGAUGUCUUUGGACUGGCUUCAAUGUACGGAGAGUUCAUGCGGCUCUGCAUGACUAUCUUCGACGUACCGGAGGUGGUCGCAUUGAAGCGCAUCAAGAUUUGCGGGUCGGGGUUCGAUAGCCUCGGGCGCAUGGAGUUGUGGACGUACUACGCCAGUGUGUUCCCGUACUUUUGGGUGCUCGCCACUCCAGUGGUGAGCUUUGUCUUUGGCACGUACCUGUACCUGUCGCUCAACAUAUUCGGCUGCCACUACAACGAGGCGUUUUCGUCGCUGCGCAUUGCCAGCUACAAGAACUUUCUGCGACUGCACUUUGACAAGGAAGGUCGACUUGAGGUGUUUGCGUUUGGCGUGGACAAGAUGCCACACCGCUGGUGCAGAGACCCAAAGUGGAGCGGCGGGACGGGGCCACGCGCUUCGCUCGAGCGGAACUUGCCGUCGUUCAAGUGGACCCGUCCAAGCUACUGGAAGCCAUUGGUGACCAAGGUGGACAAUAUGCUGCGCAUGGAUUUUGAGAACCCGUCUCUCGCUGGACGCUUCAAUGCGCUGGACCGCUCGAACGUGCGCCUGAUCGACCGCGUUGUGAUCCACAAGCGACCCACGUCAGGCGGCCACUAG